GGACACGCAAAUGCAUUUUUAUUUCCUGUUUGAUUUUAAAUCAUAUUGUUCCCGCCUGGCUCUCUCUCUCUCUCUCUUCGGUCGAGCAAUCAGUAAAGGCAUCUCACUAUAAUUAUACGCUUACAAUCUCCAUUUGAAUUUCUUACUUCAUCUCCUAUCUCCCAUCUCCGAUCGGUACUCAUUCUUCUGUUCCGCUCUCUGCACGCAGUCUCAUUUCAGAUACGAAACCCUAGAAAAGCUGAGCCACAGAUCAUGAACCACUAUCACAUCUACGGAACCAUCGGCCAUGGCAAAUGCUCGAAUGUGUACAAGGGGAGGAAGAAAAAGACUAUAGAAUAUUUUGCAGUCAAGAGCGUUGAUAAAUCGCAGAAGAGCAAGGUUCUUCAGGAAGUAAGGAUUCUCCACUCCCUAGAUCACCCAAAUGUAUUGAAGUUCUACUCUUGGUAUGAAACUUCUGCUCAUCUGUGGUUAGUUUUGGAAUAUUGUGUCGGUGGAGAUCUCAUGACAUUACUGCGGCAGGAUGGUCAGCUUCCAGAAGAAUCUGUGCAUGAUCUUGCUCAUGACCUUGUUAGAGCUUUGCAGUUCUUGCAUUCAAAGGGAAUCAUCUACUGUGACCUAAAGCCAUCGAACAUCCUACUGGAUGAGAAUGGGCAUACCAAGCUAUGUGAUUUUGGAUUAGCGAGAAAAUUGUGUGAUAUAUCUAAAACUCCUUCUUCCUUGCUGCCACAAGCUAAACGUGGAACUCCCUUUUAUAUGGCUCCUGAGCUGUUUCAGGAUGGAGGUGUUCAUUCUUAUGCCUCUGAUUUGUGGUCCCUUGGUUGUGUACUAUAUGAGUGCUAUACAGGCAGGCCUCCAUUUGUUGGAAGGGAACUCACUCAGUUGGUCAAAUCCAUUAUCUCAGAUCCAGCUCCACCUAUCCCCGGUAUACCAAGUCGUUCUUUUGUCAACCUCAUCAACUCUCUUCUCAUAAAAGAUCCAGCUGAAAGAAUACACUGGCCUGAGCUUUGUGGACAUGCUUUUUGGAGAACAAAAUUCACUCCAGUACCUCUACCUCCUCAGCCUGCUUUCACUUCUAUGAUUGAUCUUUCUUCUAAAUCAUGUCUAUCAGAACGUAAUGGUGAGAAGCCUCUCCAGAACAAGACUCCCCCUAAAUAUCGUGAGAAAGAUUCAAAAGGAGCUUCAAAACACGAUGAGAAUUCUAUUUCAGGAUCAAAAGGCUAUGAAACACCAGUUAAGGGUCUAUCCAGUGGCCGCAGAAAUCAAAUAAAGGUUUCUGGAAAAGUAGUUGAGGAAAAGCAGAAAGAUACCUCAAGUGCUAGUAGGGGAGUAAAUAUUCUAAGGUUGUCCAGGAUAGCAAAAUCAAACUUACAGAGGGAGAAUGAAAAGGAAAACUACCGGAGACCCUUGCCUAAUAGCUCUGAGAAUGAUGCUGAAGUUAAAAUUGAAAAUACUGAUAUGGAACUUGAUUUUAAUGAGAACACUGUGGAUGAGGCACAGGAUGAACCUGAUGGGUCUGAUAGUUCUGCAUGUUCUCCUGAAGAAAAACAAUCUACUCAAAAUCAGGAACAAGGAAAAAUAUUAGAUAUGGAAAAUAAUGCAAAUCAAUUAGAUUCAACCAUGAUUAAUAUGCCUGUCAUGGAUGAUUUGAAGGAAACUGAACAAGAAUCAUCUUUAGAGCAUUCGGAAGCGGCUACUGCUUCACCAACUGUUGGCCCUCAAACCAAAGUUCCGAGGGCUAAAGAAGGUUCAGCAUGUGCUCUCGACUCUGAUUCUUUAAAAUCAUCUAGUAAUCUAUCUCAGGUGCUUUGGCAUCCAUCUGAUUUCUCAGUCAAACCAGUAAUGCCCAGCAGAAAAGCUGAUAAAGUAUCAGACGCAGUUCAUUCACUUCCUUUUGAUGCACUGCCAGCAUCUGAUAUCAUGAAGAUGUCUAACGAGCAGUUGGAUGCAUUCAACAGCAGAAUUAUAACCAUAUUUAAUGGGAACACUACAAUUGCAGAGAAGCAAAAUCUAAUCAGAUACCUUGAGAUAUUGAGCAGUAAUGCUGAUGCUGCCAACAUGUUGACUAAUGGGCCAGUAAUGCUGCUGCUUGUCAAGAUGUUCCGACAGCCGAAAGCUUUAGCUUUGCGUGUACAACUUGCUUCGCUUAUUGGCUUGUUGGUUCGGCAUUCUACAUCCAUUAAAGAUGACUUGGCAAGUUCCGGAAUUUUAGGUUCACUUACGGAUGGUCUUAGAGACAAACAAGAAAAAGUGAGGAGAUUUUCCAUGGCUGCUUUGGGAGAGUUGCUGUUCUAUAUAGCCACUCAAAAUGAACAUACUAGAGAAAACAAUCCACUGGAAUCUCCAUCGAAGGACAACCGGUCUGCAUCUGGUUGGCAGGUUUCAAGUUCACUAAUUUCAUUGGUGUCAUCAAUAUUGCGGAAAGGAGAGGAUGAUAUGACUCAACUUUAUGCAUUGAGAACCAUUGAAAACAUUUGCAGUCAAGGAGGCAACUGGGCAGCUCGCUUUACUAGACAGGAUGUGAUAACUAACCUAUGUUAUAUAUUUAGGGCUGUGGGGAAACAGGAGAUCACAAGGCUUACUGCGGGGUCAUGUUUGGUACGACUAGGUUGUUUUAGCCCUUCAAUUGUUCAAUCAGUUAUAGAGAAACUCUCAUUCAAGGACACUGCUUCUGCCCUUGUCAAAGGUAGUCCGCGUGAGCAACAAAUUUGCUUAAACCUCUUAAACAUGGCAAUGCUCGGAAGCCAUAUGUUUACAAACUUUAGUCGGUACCUUGUGCCCUUAGCAGAGGAUAAAAAUCUUUUCCCAAGUCUUCUGUCUCUCAUUGAACAGGGAAGUGAAAUCUUAAGGGGAAAAUCACUUCUUUUUGUUGCUCUUCUGAGCAAGCACAGUAGGAGAUGGUUGUUACAUUUUUUUUGCAACCAAAGGUUGCUCUCAGCAGUUGAUAGGCUGACAAAAGAGAAAGAUAAUUAUGUGCAGCCAUGUUUGGAUGCUUUUUUGCAUGUUGUGGCGUCUGUUGUGCCAGGCUUGCUCGAGACUAUAGCUGGAGACGUUCAGCAGAUUAUGAGUGGAAGACGCCAUGGGCCGAUCCCUGCCCUUACUAGUCGAGCUGCGGCAAGAACGAACAUUCAUUUAUUUCCUGUUGUUCUCCAUCUUCUUGGAAGCUCGUCUUUUAAACGCAGAGUGAUAACUCAUCAAGUCUUGCAGCAGUUAGCCAAUCUAAUAAAGCUUGUGGAGUCGCCAUUUCAGGGCAGGGAUGACUUCCAGAUAACCCUUCUUCGAGUUCUUGAGUCUAUUGCAGAGGAGCCCUCUGUGAUUCUUGAGUGGCCUGACAUUUUUUCUCGGGAAGUUCUUCCAAGGCUGGCUGUUCUGUACAAGGGCAAUAAAGAUGGAGAUGCCAGAUUCUUGUGCCUGAAAAUUUUGUUUGAUGUGAUGCUCAUUUUCUUGAAUGAACCAUCAGAAGACAAUAAAAUACUGGAGGAUUUAAAGUCUAUAUCUAACGAUCAUUUCCUCCCUCUCUAUCCCGUAUUGAUUGAAGACGAAGAUCCCAUUCCCAUGUAUGCUCAGAAGCUUCUUGUGAUGCUAAUUGAGUUCAAUUACAUUAAAAUUUCGGAUAUUUUAGAUCUGAAGACAGUUUCACGAUGCUUUGAGUUUUUGCUUGGUGAUCUAUCAAGUGCGAAUGUAAACAAUGUUAAGCUCUGUCUGGCCUUGGCAUCUGCUCCUGAGAUGGAAACAAAUAUUCUCUCUCAGUUAAAAGUAGCCAGGAGGAUUGGCAACCUGCUGCAAUUUGUGAAUGCAAAGGAAAUGGAAGAUUUUAUCUUACCAACUCUUGGUCUGUGUAGGGCAUUCCUUCUACGCUCAAUCAGUAGCAGAAAAGGUUUUCUCUAUUCAAAAGAACCUAAUCUCUUGUGUAAUGGUUCUCCUGAUGCAUGUGUAGUUGAUCAGCAACAAUGCAUAAGGGAUAUAGUGGACUUUGGGAGCAAUGUUGGGGUUUUGCUCGAGUUGAGUGGUUCUCAUGAAACAAAUAUUUCAGAUAUAGCUUCAGAAUGCAUUGUUUUGUUACUUAAAGCAGCUCCGAGGGAAGCCACUACUGGUUUUCUAACCAAUCUUCCCAAGGUUAGCGUAAUUCUUGAGUCUUGGUGUACUAAGGGCAUCUGUCAAUUGGUGGUUCUACGGAUGUUGCAUGCUCUUGGUUAUUCCUGUAAGCAGUAUUUGUCACAUGCGAUGAUAUUAUCAAUAUCUAUACCAGAGAUUUCAAAAAUUGAAGCCAUUGUUUUUGAGCUUAGAAGUUCAAGAAUACCUGGUGUAGCAGAUUCUGCAUUGCUUGUGUCGUCUGAGUUGCAGCGAUUGCCACGUUGCCUUUGAAGUUCUUGAGGGACAGUAAUUCAAUUGACUCUUCACAAGGUCAUGAAAGUCCUUUGCUUUCCAAAAAUCAUGUUAGACCAAGCUUGUAUUGAGUGAGUACAUUUUUUCCCUUCUGCAUAUCUACCACUGUGCAGUCCAGCCUUGGCGGGCCUUUGUAUAAUAUAUGUACUUAUAAUGUCAUUGACAUGUUCAAUUCACUAUUAUUUUUCUAGAAUUUGGUGAAUAGAAUUUACAUGUGAGUGCCUCUAUGCUUCUCAAUCAA